AUGGCUCGUACUAAGCAAACUGCUCGAAAGUCUACUGGCGGCAAGGCUCCUCGCAAGCAGCUAGCUACUAAGGCAGCUCGUAAGAGCGCUCCCGCCACCGGCGGUGUGAAGAAGCCUCACCGCUACAGGCCCGGCACCGUGGCGCUGAGAGAAAUUCGGCGCUACCAGAAGUCCACUGAACUGCUGAUUCGCAAACUGCCCUUCCAGCGGCUGGUCCGCGAGAUCGCGCAGGACUUCAAGACCGACCUGCGAUUCCAGAGCUCGGCUGUGAUGGCCUUGCAAGAGGCGAGUGAAGCUUAUCUCGUAGGACUGUUUGAAGACACAAACCUCUGCGCCAUCCUCGCCAUGUCUGGGCGCGGUAAGGGCGGUAAAGGCCUGGGUAAAGGAGGUGCUAAGCGCCAUAGAAAGGUGUUGCGAGAUAACAUCCAGGGCAUCACUAAGCCUGCUAUCCGUCGUCUUGCUCGGCGCGGCGGCGUCAAGCGGAUCUCGGGGCUGAUUUAUGAGGAGACCCGUGGGGUGCUCAAGGUGUUCUUGGAGAAUGUCAUCCGUGAUGCUGUGACUUACACUGAACAUGCCAAGAGGAAGACUGUGACUGCUAUGGACGUGGUGUAUGCGCUUAAGCGUCAAGGCCGCACUCUCUAUGGUUUUGGUGGUUGAUUUUUCGGCGUGAUUUUGAAAAAAAAAAACAAAAAAAACCGUUAUUUUCCCUAAUUCUCUCCCUUACCUCCCUCCCCCAAUCUUUCCUAAGGCUCUUUUCAGGGCCACCACUGUCUCUUCUAAAGAGCUGUUUUACUAGGGUUCUGAGGUCUUUGUGGUGAGUUUUGAUUUUUUUUUUUUUUUUUUAACUGUGAUCUUAAAAA